UUUGAUCUAAAACAGCAAUAUGAUAGCUUUAACUUCUUUAAAUUACACGGUCUCCCCAAGUUUAGCUUUAAGUUGAUUUAAAUCUAAAUCAGUUUUUUUUAGUGCAUUUAGUCCCUUAAUAUCUGCAUGGCAACUUUUUAGUUUGGCUUAGCACAAAGAUUUCAAACUGUUGCACUCUCUCUACUCAAAGGUGCAAAAAUCCUCAUACCAGCACGUCUACGUCUCACUGGUUUAAUUUGUACAAAUGUUGAAAAUCUGUGACAGAUUCUUCUGACUUACUUGCUGCUGGGCAGCUGGAGGAGACUCCAGCAGUGUCUUUGUUUUUUGUACACAUUACACAAGUAAGACACAACAAAUAAUAGAUAAUAAUAAAAAACUAAAAUUAUGUGUAAAACAUUUGUGUGAACCUGUGAUUUGAUGCAAUUACAUGCCAAAAUGUCGACCAAUAGAAAAUAAUCCUAAUGAAAUUUCCCGGUGCUGAACAGAGAGCUGCUUCCAGCUAAGAUGCUGCUGAGAGAGUUAUGAAAAACGUGUUCUCAUCAACAAAGUAAUUACUUUGCUGAACUACCCUUUAGGUGACAAACAGGACUGGAUUCAAUGAUUGUUUUCAUUACUGGACUGGAUUUUCCAUCUACAAAAUGUAAUUUUACAUGAUUAAUAAUCUGUUUGUUUGCUGUUGAUCAGAUUUGCAGCUCACUCCAAUUAUCCUAAGAAUAAUUAAUCAUCUAUAUCUUUCCACUGUGUCAAAAUGUUGCCUGUCAGUUACUUCUCCUCCAAUAAUACAGCGUAAAUCACGUAUAAUCGAAAUUAUAAUAUUUUUUUUCUUAAAAUUUGAUGAAUUAAAGCAUUAAAGUGUCUCGCAUGUGUGUGUCUGGUCCAGGCUUCCUCUGCUCUGAAGUCUAAACUGAGGCUCUCCCUUCAGAGCUGUCCUACUGCAGCACUGCAUCGCUGUGGCACUCCCCCCUCCCCCUCGCUGACAUCACAUCUGACGCCUCAUGUCGGGGGUGUGUCCAGCAGAAAUCCCCAUCCAGGCUCAGAUGUAGCUGCGGCUCUGAGAGAGGGAGAGGCAGAGUUUGAGCACACUGCAGAGGGAGUGCAGCUAUGGGGAACGCGCAGGAGAAACCUCCGGGCGGCGGAGGAGGGGCAGCGAGCGCGGAUCAGGCCACAGCAGGGAGUGGGACGAGGAGCCGGGGUGGAAGCAGCGGGGGAAAGCCUCACAUGGCUCCAGAGAAGGGAACGGUCAAUGGCACUCAGAGAGAAAACAGCCCUGCUGGUGGGCAAGAGAAGAAGGAGGACAGCCCUGCAGUGGACACAAGUUACCUGGAUGCUCCCGCCGGGGCCCUGCCUCCUCACCUGGCCCGGCUCAAGAAUGAAGGGAACCAUCUCUUCAAACACGGACAGUUUGGAGACGCAUUGGAGAAGUACACCCAGGCCAUUGAGGGGUGUGCUGAAGCAGGCAUUGAUAGUCCAGAGGACCUGUGUAUUCUCUACUCCAACAGAGCAGCCUGUUACCUGAAGGAGGGAAACAGCACAGACUGCAUACAGGACUGCAACAAGGCUCUGGAGCUGCAGCCCUACUCCUUGAAGCCUCUGUUGCGUCGAGCUAUGGCCUAUGAGUCACUGGAGCGCUACAGAAAGGCCUACGUGGAUUAUAAGACCGUCCUGCAGUUAGACACAGGGAUACAGGCGGCUCACGACAGCAUCCACAGGCUCACAAAGAUGCUGAUUGAGCAGGAUGGGCCCGAGUGGAGACAGAAGCUUCCAGAGAUUCCCGUCGUCCCCCUGUCUGUGCAGUUGCAGCACCGAGAGAAACCAAUCAGCAUCGAGCAGGCCCAGGCCCGGGCCGCCAGAGCAGCCCAGGAGGAAGCCAGAAGAAAAGAAGUCCGCUUCACUCUGCUUAAACAGGAAGGCAACAGUCUGGUCAAGAAAGGCUACUUCCAGGAGGCCCUGGAGAAGUACAGUGAAUGUCUCACCAUAAAACCUGACGAAUGUGCGCUCCACACAAACAGAGCCAUCUGUCUCCUGAAACUGAAUCGCUUCGAAGAGGCCCGGCUGGACUGCGAUUCGGCGCUGCAGCUGGAGCCGAACAACAAGAAAGCCUUCUACAGACGAGCCCUGGCUUUUAAAGGUUUACAGGACUACCUUUCAGCUAGCAGUGACCUCCAGGAAGUCCUCCGACUGGACCCCAACGUCCGGGAGGCGGAGCAGGAGCUCGAGGUGGUGACGGGCUUGCUGAGACAGAGCCUGAUGGACAACACCGUGCACACACCAAGGGUUUGAUGUCUCCCGCUGGUUCACAUGUGGACAUGUGGAGACAGGUGUGGACACUUACCGUACUGCUGCAGGACUUUUAAAGCAAUCGGCUACAGCAAGUAAGCGGCGUAGAAAUGCAAAUGACUAUUUUUGAACUCCUGGGACGAGAACCGUGGACGACCAGCUUUUCAGCUCUGCUUCAUCUGCAAUGUGUGCGAACCACACGUAACUCCUGAGUACACAAGCUUACAUAACGGUAAGCUUUAUUUAAAGAGGCUAAUGUCAAGGUACUUGUGACCCGCUCGCACUAUAAAUCAUUCACGUUAUGAUGUAAUGUCCAGUUUCAUGUAACAGGCUCCAGAGCACUCUUACUUGUUAAAGAGUGUUGAGAGAGGGGAAAGAGAGUGCGUAUCAAGCGUGCCUUACUGAGAUUUUUACCACAGUUAGGAUGAAAUACGCCAAGAUUAAAGGUUUUAUUUUGAUUGCUUUUUUUUUUUAAUCUGCUUUGAAAGGAAUGGAUCAGUGCAGUGCAGGCAGUGUGUGUUUGUGUGUUGCACAGCAAGAUACGAAAGCUUCAGCUAUUUUAUUCCAAAGCAUUUGUUAUUGUUUACAUAUAGUGUGAUAAGAGCUGCUAUUAAUUUAAACAACAAGCCAACAACAUCACAUAAACUAUCAUCACUAUUAGUUUUGGGAAGUGCUCUAAAAGGCACUAACGUGAAUUUAAGCUUCACCGGUUAGAUUAGCUAAAAAAAAAAAAAACGUCUGAGGUCAGCACUUUAGAGUGGACCCAUGAUGCUUUUCUUUAUUUCCUGUCUGAUAAAUGCUGCUGGAAUUUCAUAUUCAAACUGGCCACUGUUUCAGAAAAAUUACAUCAUCUUUUAUAAAGUAAUCAUUGUGUUGUGUUUAACACUAGUGCUGAGCUGAUGUCAGCUCGGAAUGCUCUUCCUUAUAUGGUCAACUCAACUCUCGCUAUGCCUGAAUAAGGAGGCGGAGCUAACAAGCACUGGGUUCUCUUUAGAAGCAAGUCGAAGGGCAACCAAUCAGAAUUUGGGCUUGUAGUGGGGGGGGGUGCCUUAAAGAAACAGAAACUAAAGAGACUUGUUUCAGAGAGGGGAUAAAAGACCAAUAACAUACAUAGCGAUCGCUUAGCUGCAAAUCAAAUAAAGUUGAAUAAAAAUUUAGAGUGAGUGGGAAAUGAACACAAUAGAUCCCCUUUUAAGCGACUUUUAGUUCACGUACCUCUCUGGGUUUAAAUAUUGCCCUGCUGAGGUUAGUGUUAGUUUACAGAACAAUGCACUGUACAUCUUACUGUAGCUCAGUCAUUAAUGUAAUUCAAAAACUUCUGUUUUGUUUUUGUGUGUAGGUAUAUAGUAGUUAAAUUAAAGCUAAUGCCCACAUAUCUGUGCCCUUAUUGCUGCAACAAGACCCGCUGAUAAGGCUCUGAUUAAACACCCAAAUAUAUUUAUCAAAAACUGUCAUAUUACAAGAAAAUUAUUCUUUACAGUGAUACAAAUGUACUUUAUUUAAGUAAAAACAUCAAUAACUCGUUUGUAUGAGUUGGGAGCCUAGCAGCAACGCUUGGUUUCUUACCCAACAAAUUGAAAGCUUGUUUCCAAUUGGGGGGGGGGGUUCUGAAUAAAAAAAAGCUUCAUGUAUCUCAAUUACUUACCUAUUAUCUCAAAAUUUCAUGUUUUUUCCCCUCAGUUUCAAGUAAUUAAUUGAGUUAAUAAGUCAAAGUUUGAGACUUAAACCAAAAUUUUGACUAAUGUACCGUAAAUUUUCUUUGGCAGAAAAGGCCUCCAUGGAAAGUCAUUUUCAGCUUCCACCCUCAGGCUUGUCAUUCUCUCACAUUUCAGCCUGCGGUUGUGUGCAGAACGUGCUUGGCUGUCAGCUACUCGUUUCACCUGUUUGCACUUUCAAACACGUUUGAAAAGGACAAAUUAGAUGCUUACCAAGCUUUGCAAACAUAAUUUAUCACCUCUGUCAACUCCCCACAGGAGCAGCUUUUGAAAUCACCCACAUCCACUAUGUAUUUCUUUAAAAUUUAGCACACUGUGCCACAGUUUAUUUUGCAAGUAUAAAAAUAUUAGGUUAGUUUUUUCCAGUCUCGUUUUCCUUUUUGUUGUAAAAAUAAAAGGCUUAUCUUAAAAAAAAAAUAUCUUGAUGUAAAGCUUCGUUCAUGAAUGUAAAAGCAUGUACUGUAUGUAAAUAGACUGAAUGCAAAUGUAAAUAAACUGCUACAUGAAUGCA